AAACUUCAGCGGCGUCCAAUCAGAAGCUCCCACGCCCGUGGAUACCGGGCGCCCGUGUUUUUCUGAACUCCAGAAACGGAGUUUCGUUGCGAGUCUUUGCGUCGCAAGAAGAGAAGCUUAAAUAGGGACGGCGACACUCGAGGGUUACUUCAGUUGUGGGAAAAAUAAAAUAAAUAAAUAAAUAAAUAAAUAAUAAUCACACGUCUAUAUACCGAUUUGUUUAGCAGAGUCGGAACCUUUGAGGCGGAAGCACAAGCGAGCGUGCCGGCGGAUUUAGCAGGUUGGACCUUUCAGAAUACCAGUACUUGAGAGUCUCGACAAGGAACAUUUAUUAUUAUUAUUAUUAUUAUUAGUAUUAAUAUUAAUAAUUAUUUACCGUUGUGUUUGUGAGUCGUGCGCAGAAGAUGGAGGCGGGCCGGAGGAGAGGGCUGAGCGGGAUCGUGUCCUCUCUCUCGCUGCUCUGCGUUAUACUGGACCUGCAGUUAGACGGGCUGCUGGGUGCCAGCCAUGCUGAGAUCGAGCAGCACUUGGAGAUGGGACGGAAGCUCCUGGCUGCGGGGCAGCUGGCCGAGGCCCUGUCUCACUAUCACUCCGCCGUGGAAGGAGAUUCGAAGAACUACCUGACCUAUUACAAGCGCGCCGCUGUGUUCCUCGCGCUGGGCAAGUCCAAAUCCGCCCUCCCUGACCUCACCAGGGCCAUCCAAUUAAAACCAGACUUUCUGGCAGCCAGGCUGCAGAGGGGAAACAUCCUGCUGAAACAGGGCAGCGCACAGGAGGCCAGGGAGGACUUCGAAGCUGUGCUCCUCGGUAACCCUGGCAACGAGGAGGCGCGGUCCCAGCUGGCGCUGACGGGAGAGCUGGAGCGGCUGAGUGAAGAUGCACAGGCAGCCUACAGACAGAGAGACUACCAGGGCACUGUCGCUGUCAUGGAGAGAGUGAUCGAGCUGUCUCCCUGGGACCCGGAUGCGAGGGAGCUGCGCGCUGCCUGCUUCAUUGAGCUGGGGGAGCCCCGCAAGGCCAUCCAGGACCUGAACCCCACCACCAAGCUCCGCAACGACAACCGGGCCGCCUUCCUGCAGCUGAGCCGUCUGCAUUACAGCCUGGGAGAGCACCCGGACUCCCUCAGUCAGGUGCGCGAGUGUCUGAAGCUGGACCAGGAUGACCAGGAGUGUUUCUCUCAUUACAAGCAAGUGAAGAAGCUGUCCAAGCAGUUGGAGUCUGCAGAGCACAGCAUCAGCGAGCAGAGGUACGAGGACGCGAUCGAGAAGUACGAGGCUGCGAUGAAGACGGAGCCCAACGUGCCGUUCUACACAACCAGAGCCAAGGAGAGGAUCUGCCACUGUCUGUCCAGGAGUAAGAGAGCGAGAGAGGCCAUCGAGGCGUGCUCGGAGGCUCAUCAGAGAGACCCGCGAAACAUCUUCAUCCUCCGAGACCGAGCAGAGGCCUUCAUCCUGAACCAGGAGUACGAGAAGGCUGUGGAAGACUAUCAAGAAGCCCGGGAAUUCGACGCGGAGAAUCAGGAAAUCAGAGAGGGGCUGGAGCGCGCCCAGAAACUCCUCAAACAGUCCCAGAAGAGAGACUACUACAAAAUCCUCGGGGUGCACAGAAACGCAAACAAGCAGGAGAUCACCAAGGCGUACAGGAAGCUGGCGCAGCAGUGGCACCCGGACAACUUCCAAUCCGAGGGGCAGAAGAAGGAAGCGGAGAAGAGGUUCAUCGACAUCGCCUCUGCCAAAGAGGUCCUGACAGACCCAGAAAUGCGACAGAAAUUCGACGCGGGCGAGGAUCCCCUGGACCCCGAAAGCCAGCAGGGAGGAGGGGGGGGAGGAGGGAACCCCAACAGCUGGCCUUUUGAGUUUAACCCCUUCGGUUCUGGGAACUUCCACUUCAAAUUUAAUUACAACUGAAAACAAACCUGGGAUCGCGUGGGAACCUGCUGACUGAGCCGAGGGCUCUGCGAGGGAACGGUCGAACCACUAGCCGUCUGAAAACUCUCUUCCUGAUCAACAGAAAAAACAGAACCCUCUUCCUUUUCUUAUGCUUCUAUGUUGAAGGCUCGUCUUUGUUGGGGGAGAUCAAUUGCUUCAAUCUUUAAUUUCACACACACUGCUGUGCAAAAGUCUUGGACAGAUUCUGGAGUUGCAAUCUGUAUCUGGAUGUUCUGAGCUUCAACAAUUUACUCAAAGCCUCCUCUAGUGUUUUCCACGAUUAUAACAACUUUGACUGUUAUUAAUACAGCCGUAGUUAGGAUGAGAAGAAGCCAAGCAUGUCAUUUUAGCAAUCUAUAAUUCACAUUGAUCAGAAUCUGCAAAAAACGUGUGAUCCCAACAACUCACAGUAAAUAUACAUGAGCAGCGAAACCAUCGCAUUUACACAGCGACGCGUCCAGUAAAAACCCAUUUCAAAUGUAUACAUGACGUGAGGUUCUGUAGAUGGCGCUGGUUGAUUCUGUGGUAGUAUAAACACCCCCCUCCCCCGAAAAAAAAAUGUGCAAAAUGUCUCUCAAGACUUUUCCACAGCAGUGUGUAAUGUGUAAUUAUAUAUAUAUAUAUAUAUUGUUUUUGGUAAAACUCUCAUCUUCCGGGUUGAUUUAAACGCUGUAAAAACCAAAGCGUUUUCUUUCUUUAUUUUUCUUUUAAGAGACGUUUUCUUUUUUUUCAACAUUGCUUCAAUCUUGAUUUAUGGCUGUGGGUUCUUUUUGUUUUUUUAUGAAGUAAUGUUCUCAUCCGUAAAUAUUAAAUCACUCCAUGGGCAAUUUAGAAAUAGUUAAAAAAAACUACAUGAAUUCAGUGAUAAUGUUUCCACUGGACUUUUUUUUUUUUCUCUCUAAGACCACUGAAGGAAUUCUAGUCACUGUUUCUAAUUGGAUUUUCUCAAGCUGCUUCAAAUCACACGUCCUUCAGCUGGAUUUUAUUUUUUCCAUCCAGCACAUUUUAUUUUUGAUUUUGCACCUUUUUAAAAUUGUGUGUGUGUGUGUCUCUCUCUCUCUCGCUCUCUCUCUUGCUCGCUCUCUCUCUCUCUCGCUCUCUCAGUACCUGAUGUAGAAUCCUCUCUUGGUGUCUGUCUCGCGCUCUCUCUCUCGAUCUCUCAGUACCUGAUGUAGAAUCCUCUCUUGGUGUCUGUCUCGCUCUCUCAGUACCUGAUGUAGAAUCCUCUCUUGGUGUCUGUCUCGCUCUCUCAGUACCUGAUGUAGAAUCCUCUCUUGGUCUCUCUCUCUCUCUCAGUACCUGAUGUAGAAUCCUCUCUUGGUGUCUGUGUCUCUCGCUCUCUCGCUCUCUCAGUACCUGAUGUAGAAUCCUCUCUUGUUGACUCUCUCUCUCUCUCUCUCUCUCUCUCUCGCAGUACCUGAUGUAGAAUCCUCUCUUGGUGUCUCUCUCUCUCUGUCUCUCUCGCGCGCUCUCUCUCUCUCUCUCUCUCUCUCUCGCAGUACCUGAUGUAGAAUCCUCUCUUGGUGUCUCUCUCUCUCUGUCUCUCUCCGCUCUCUCUCGCGCUCUCUCUCUCUCUCUCUCUCAGUACCUGAUGUAGAAUCCUCUCUUGGUCUCUCUCUCUCUCUCAGUACCUGAUGUAGAAUCCUCUCUUGGUCUCUCUCUCUCUCUCAGUACCUGAUGUAGAAUCCUCUCUUGGUCUCUCUCUCUCUCUCAGUACCUGAUGUAGAAUCCUCUCUUGGUCUCUCUCUCUCUCUCAGUACCUGAUGUAGAAUCCUCUCUUGGUCUCUCUCUCUCUCUCAGUACCUGAUGUAGAAUCCUCUCUUGGUCUCUCUCUCUCUCUCAGUACCUGAUGUAGAAUCCUCUCUUGGUCUCUCUCUCUCUCUCUCAGUACCUGAUGUAGAAUCCUCUCUUGGUCUCUCUCUUUCUCUUUCUCUCUCUCUCAGUACAUGACACAUCAGAAGCACGUUAAUAGAUUUCAAUAGAAAUAAGUGAGAGUGGUUGCCAUGGCAUCAAAAGUCCAGAAGUACCUCUGCGGUUUUGUUUUCAAACACGCGUUCCCUCGACGCAGGCGUGUUACACAGAGCGGAACGUCGGGAAGGUGGGGGGGAUAAUAUAUAAAUAUUAAUACAUGAAUAGGAUUUGUUCAAAAGAGGCAACUUCCUAUAUGUGUAUAUAUAUAUGUGUGUGUGUGUGUGUGUGUGUGUGUGUGUGUGUGAAUAUGUCUGUCUGUCACUGAGGGAAGAUCAUGUUUUCUUUGGUCCUGGUUUCACACACCCUGUCUGGCACUCCUCUACUCUCUCAUGUUCCCUUUAGUCCUAGUGCUAAUCGUGGAGGGGGGGGUGGGGGUUGUGAAACUAGCCGCUGGUUAAUUAUACCAUUAAACUUGCAGCCUGUAAUCUCCCAUCAGCACCGCUGUUUAAAAGAAGGAUGUGAAGGAAGUCACAUGACUCCGCGCCUCGCAGCGCGUUUUGUUCUUGAUGAAAUCCGGGGAGUGUUUUUGUCUCAAUUUUUGUUAAAUUGCCUGCCUCUUGUUUUUUAUUAUAUUAUAAUAUGUAUUUUUUUUUAAUGAUGGGUCUAUUUAGAGGUAGGUAGAACAUUUUUAGUUUUUAGCAGAAUUUACAUUUAAUACCCGAGCGGCUCUCGCCUGCCCCUCUAAAGAAUAAAGAAGAUGGAUUUUGAUCAAAAUCUAAGAGGUGCGUCUGUAAUGUGAUAAAUAUAUCUGAGGAGAGUAGAGGCCAGUAUUGGCGGUGAGGGAGAGAAAGAGGGGGGGCUUCUGGAGAGCGGAUCAGGUAUUAAGUGAAUUUCCUUGAUUGGUUCAGCCUCCUAAAACUCAGGCAAUAUCCCUUUCAGUUCUGUUAAAAGCGGACGGCCACUCCCUGCUGUCAGCCGGCUCCGCAUCAGCGAUCUGAAUCCGUUCCUCUGCUUAAAGACGCUUCACAGCUUUAGGAAACGGAGUGGAGUGAUAUUUAGCAGCGUGAGGAUGCCUGAGUUACGGGACGGACUGUCCUUCACGAAUCUCCAACACCACCCCCCGUUUUCUGCCUUGUAACUCUGAGGGUUAAAUCAGGUGGUUUGUUUUAAUUAGAAUUUUUUUUUUGUAUUAUUUGUUUGGUUCUCUGGUUCAUAUUGUCCUUUUGUUGAAGUGGGGGGGAGGGGGGAGGGGGCAGGGGGUGCACACGUGUCCCCUGUACCUCCAAAGGGUUUUAAAGCUCCGUCUGUCUCCUGUCCUCUGAGACAUUUACUUGCACAACCGUCUGAAAUAAACAUGUGGGAGCUCACGGAAACCGAGAA